AUGGGGCAUAAAAUAUUUUGUUGGACAUAUUAUUUUCACGAUGUAUGUACAUACUUCUGAGAAGUAUGUGUCUACGUGUUAUCAUGAACAUGAUCAAAUCGUGUAGUGUCUCCUGUUUGACUCCUGUAGUUCUGUGUUUGUCAACAUUUUCCAGCGCCUUUGAACAUUUUUCCUCACAUGCACUGACAUGUUGGAAGAAAUAAUUGGUGACAAAAAAACUUCUGCGAGGAUUGAGGAAAGAAGGGUGUAUAUCUACACUGGACAUUAACAGCACAAACAAUGAGCCAAUCCUAGUUUUCUCACGCACUGGAUAAAGAAGACUACAUUUAUUAUCAUUCUCACACUGUUGCUCUACCAAUCCGGAUCAUGGAUAUUAGCUGUUCUUCUAAAAGCAUCCUUUGGCAGUCAGCCAUAUGCGUUGCAGUGCUAACCAUGCUGUAUGUAGUUGCGCUAUCCGAUGAGGAUGUGUGUACUGUGCCAGAGAGCAACUGUACAUGUUCUUCUCCAUUGACGUCACGACCCCCCAGACCUUCAUUUGCUGAUUGCUCUGUCGGGGAACUACCUGGGAACCUCACAUCGCUGAUUAAUGACACCUGCGAGACCAAUGCUAAUGUACCAUGUAAUACAGUGUGCAUGUUUAAGUGUGACGCAGGAUACACCAUCACUCACAAUAAAUCCAUCAUCUGUAAAAUAGGAAUGUUUACACCUGACAUUCCAUCGUGCAAUGAGACGGAUGAAUGUGCUUCUAACCCGUGUGUUAACAACGGUACAUGUGAAGAUCUCUUAAAUGACUAUAAUUGUAUCUGUCUACCUGGAUAUGAAGGCAAGAACUGCCAGAAAGGUAAGUCGUUUUCGUAAUUCUUUACGUUGUGUAUGGUUAUUAAGGGGGCCAGUCUAGUUUAAAAAAGAAAAAAAAAUCUCAAUUUUUGUUUUUAGUGUUUAAGUACUAGUUUGAUUAUGCUCUUCAUUUUUCAAUUGCUGUUUUCA